AUGGCUUCGACCAUUGCCCGCUUCACCCUGACCUUCUACGCCCCCCCAGCCUCCGUGGCAGCCUGCAAGACGGCCGUCUUCGCCGCCGGCGCCGGCCGCUACCCCGGCUCAGGCGGUUACACCGAGUGCUGCUGGUCCGCCCUCGGCACGGGUCAGUUCCGUCCCGGGGAGGGAGCCAACCCGUACAUCGGGUCCCGAGGGGUUGCUGAGGAGACUCCCGAGGUGCGGGUCGAGACGUUGUGUCUUGGUCGCGACACGGCUCGGAAGGCUGUCGAUGCUCUGAAGAAGUGCGUUACUUUUGUCUCUGUCUUGCUUCAUCGCAACACUCCUCCUCCUACCCGUACUGACGCACAAGCACACAAAAGGGUACAUCCCUAUGAGGAGCCGGUGUAUUUUGUCACCAAGAUUGAGGAUGAGUUUUGA